CUUCAACAUGGCUUUCCAUGUGGAGGGACUGGUGGCCAUAGUUGUCUUCUACCUGGCAAUCCUGGCGGUAGGGAUAUGGGCUGCUUGGAAAACCAAGAACACCGGCAGUGAAGGAGAUCGCAGCGAAGCUAUUAUAGUCGGUGGAAGAGACAUUGGUUUGCUAGUUGGUGGAUUUACAAUGACAGCCACAUGGGUUGGAGGAGGUUACAUCAAUGGGACAGCAGAAGCUGUGUACGUCCCAGACUAUGGUCUAGCUUGGGCUCAGGCCCCUAUUGGAUAUUCCCUUAGCCUGAUUUUAGGUGGUCUUUUUUUUGCAAAACCCAUGCGAUCCAAAGGCUAUGUGACAAUGCUGGACCCUUUUCAGCAGCUUUAUGGAAAAAGGAUGGGAGGAUUACUGUUUAUUCCAGCUUUGAUGGGAGAAAUGUUUUGGGCUGCUGCCAUCUUCUCUGCCUUAGGUGCAACUAUAAGUGUGAUCAUUGACAUUAAUGUCAAUAUUUCAGUCAUUAUUUCUGCCCUGAUUGCCACUAUGUACACACUUGUGGGUGGGCUUUAUUCUGUGGCUUACACCGACGUAGUUCAGCUCUUCUGCAUCUUUCUGGGACUGUGGAUCAGUGUCCCCUUUGCCAUGUCCCAUCCUGCAGUAACAGACAUUGGGCUCACAGCUGUGCACCAGGUGUACCAAGCACCUUGGCUUGGAUCUAUCAACUCACUUGACAUUUACACAUGGUUGGACAAUUUCUUUCUACUGACAUUAGGAGGAAUUCCAUGGCAAGCAUAUUUCCAGAGAGUUCUUUCCUCGUCUUCUGCCACAUAUGCUCAAGUUCUGUCAUUCCUGGCUGCUUUUGGCUGUCUUGUGAUGGCUAUUCCUGCAGUACUGAUUGGUGCCAUUGGUGCAUCCACAGCUUGGAACCAGACUGAAUACGGUGUCCCUGACCCCAAGAGCAAAAAAGAAGCAGAUAUGAUUUUACCCAUUGUGCUGCAGUACCUCUGCCCAGUCUACAUCUCGUUCUUUGGCCUCGGUGCUGUAUCUGCUGCUGUGAUGUCGUCUGCUGACUCCUCAAUUUUAUCAGCAAGUUCCAUGUUUGCUCGGAACAUUUACCAGCUUUCCUUUCGGCAAAAUGCUUCAGACAGGGAAAUUGUGUGGGUCAUGAGAAUCACUGUUCUUCUGUUUGGAGCAUCAGCAACAGCAAUGGCACUGCUGGCUUCAUCAGUGUACGGGCUCUGGUACCUCAGCUCCGACCUCGUUUAUAUCAUCAUAUUCCCCCAGCUCCUGUGUGUGUUAUUUAUUAAAGGAACCAACACCUACGGUGCCAUUGCAGGAUACCUCUUUGGCCUUGUCCUCAGAAUAACCGGAGGAGAGCCGUACCUCUACCUUCAGCCCUUGAUCUUCUACCCUGGCUGGUAUCAAGAUGACAACAAUCUCUACAUCCAGCGGUUCCCGUUUAAAACACUUGCUAUGCUGACCUCCUUCUUUACUAAUGUCACAGUCUCCUAUUUAGCCAAAUACCUAUUUGAAAGUGGGACUUUGCCACCAAAGCUGGACUUUCUCGAUGCUGUUGUUGCCAGAUACAGUAGAGAACACAUGGACAAAGCGACUCUUGUAAAAAGUGACAAUAUUGUAUUAAAUGAACUUGCACCUGUGAAUCCACGACACAGUCUAACUUUGAGCUCAACUUUCACAAACAAGGAAGCCUUCAACUACGUUGAUUCAAGUCCAGAACUGUCCAACACUGAAGAUAAUUAAAAAAUCUUGUAGCCACAGGCAAAACAAUGAGAAGGAUAUUCUACAAAGAAUAGUAAGAAGCAUUCUAUCAGAACAAAAGCAAGAACUGGGAAUAAAAUGCCGCUGCACAUUCUUUAAGUUGUUUCUAGGAGCAGGAACACCCUUUGGGAGGAACUCUUUUCUGCUACUAUCUAAUAUGUUGGAUUAGAUCACAGAGUAUUUACUAAAGUAUGCACUCAAUCCCAUUCCUUCCA